UUUGCCAGCAGGUUCUUGUAAACUUGUCGGGUUUUUCCUUCUGCAUGAAGCUUAAUAUAAUAUAUAUCCAACACAGGCUCUUCCAUUCCAUUGCGCAAUUAAGAGUUAACAAGUUCUGAUCUAUCCUCCCAAGUCUCUCUCAGCUUUACUCUCUUCUCAGACUUUACCAUUCAAUAUGGAGUAUACAACAGAUAAUGCAUCAUCACUCAGUCUAUUUGUUUUCAUGUUGCUAACGAUUCUCAACUGUAUCUGUAUCAAUAUCAUUAUCCUUAAAGACUUGUACUUAACUUUUUGCCAAGUCCCCAGGGUGUUUUUGUACCUCUGGAGGGUUUGGGUUGAGAGAAAGUCAUCAAGAGUUGAAGUUGCAACCAAGAAACUUUGCGUCGACAGAAAUUUAAAUCAGAAGCUGGAGCCUCAAGAAGUGGAAAUGCUGAUGGAGAAACCAGUGGCAGCUUUCACCAAGAAAACCUGCUGUCAUCGCAAGAAUUUAGAAGAAGUAAGUUUAGAAGAGGUGGCAAUGGUAAUGAGGCAGCUGGGAACUUGUUAUGACCCUGAAGGUGAAAAGUUACGAGAUAGGCUGAGCUCAAAUGACAUUACUGCUCUGUUUGAGGAGCAGGAGCCAAGCCUCCAGGAAGUCAGAGAAGCUUUCUGUAUGUUCGAUAAAAAUAAUGACGGUUUCAUCGAUGCAAAGGAGUUGAGAAGAGUCCUUUGUGCAUUGUGUUUCGCAGAAGUUUCAGAAACUGACUGCAAAAGGAUGAUUAAAGCGUAUGAUUAUAACAGAGAUGGAGUGAUAGAUUUCAACGAAUUUGUAAGACUCCUGACGACCAGUUUAACCUAAAUAAUAAUAUUUUCACCUUCCUUUCA